GUUGCUCAGGAUUUGAGUUUGAUAGGCGGGGGCAGCAAAGGUCGAGAGUGGGUGGCCGGGCCGCGGCCGGCUUGCGUGGGACCCCGUGCUGCAGCCUGCAAGAGCAACUUGGGGGCGGGGCUCUGGUGGUCGAAGCCAGUAGUGGAGCGGUGCUGCCCGAGCGCUGCUGCUUUUGGAGCCUGCGGAGGUGUACAGUGAUAUCCUGAGAGAAGAUGGGAAAGGGCUGCAAGGUUGUGGUUUGUGGCUUGUUAUCUGUGGGGAAAACAGCAAUUUUGGAGCAGCUCCUUUAUGGGAAUCAUACUAUUGGAAUGGAAGACUGUGAAACAAUGGAGGAUGUAUAUAUGGCUUCGGUGGAAACGGAUCGGGGAGUAAAGGAACAGUUACAUCUUUAUGAUACCAGAGGCUUACAGGAAGGUGUGGAGCUACCAAAGCAUUACUUUUCAUUUGCUGAUGGCUUUGUUCUUGUGUACAGUGUGAAUAACCUUGAAUCCUUUCAAAGAGUGGAACUUCUGAAGAAAGAAAUUGAUAAGUUUAAAGACAAAAAAGAGGUAGCAAUUGUUGUACUCGGAAACAAAAUCGACCUUUCUGAGCAGAGACAAGUAGAUGCUGAGGUGGCACAACAGUGGGCAAGAAGUGAGAAGGUGCGCCUGUGGGAGGUAACGGUGACGGACCGCCGCACUCUGAUC